AUGGCGAGCCUUCGCACCGCAAGCUCUUGUCUUCAAAGAAAAGGAUGCUCUAGAGCAAGCAAACAACAAGAACAUCAAAAAGAAAUGAGUGAGAGGCCAAGAGAUGAUUGUUGUUCUAACAAAGUUCAAAUGCUUAAUGGAGAUAUACCAAACUCGAAAUCAAAACUUUUUAAACGAUGUCAACCUUACUCAACAAUGAGAACUGAAAAGAAAACGAUUAAAAUCGCCCAAAACCAGAUGCGGACACCUCAAUUUUCAAAGACGGAAGUGAAACGAUGUCAACCUUACUCAACAAUGAGAACUGAAAAGAAAACGAUUAAAAUCGCCCAAAACCAGAUGCGGACACCUCAACUGUUUAUCCUUUUCACACGACGUAUGUAUUUAUACACUGAGUAUAUUAUAGCCAUUGAGAUGUUUGACUCAGCGCACAUUUGA